AUGGUACACCCAGAAGGACAGAUGCCUAAGAAGGAGCCAGAUAAUAUAGACCCAGGGUUAGUCAGUGCCAACAGGCUGCCUAUGGGGCUUUCAAGGCCAAUCUUCCAGGCAAGUCCCCUGUACCAGAAAAAGAAACAUUCGUUGCCUUCUCAAGAUACUCCGUUCCAAGGAUUUAAGCAGCUUAGCAAAAUCUCAACAAACAAUUCAUCUACUGACAUGAAAACCUUUAACUUUCAAUUUUUAAAUAUUAGUAACAACAUCCAACAAGAGAAAAUUGGAAAUUUCCAGCCAAAUAUGUCAAACCUUACUCGCCCACAAUUCAACUGCAUAAAAUCAAUCCGAGACAAGAUGAGUAGGGCUGGCAGUAUUUCUCAGAUGAUUCCAGAGAGAAUGACAGAAGUAGAAAGAAAAUCCUGCGAUACAUGGAAGAAUAUUAGAAAAUCAUAUGUACAGAAAGAAGUACCAGUUCAAAAAGUGCCUCAUUUAGUUCCUGGUCAAGCACCUGAGAAGAAAAGAACAACCAUUCUCAAUUCUGCAGAGGCCAUGAGAAAGUCAGCGAUGAUCAGUGAUGUCCACAUGCAGGCCUAUAGGGACAGGGUGAUUCACCUUCUGGCACUGAAGGACUACAAGAAAUCUGAACUUCUUGUUCAGUUGCAAAAAGAUGGUGUCAAGAUAAAUGACACCAAUUUUCUUGGAAAAAUUCUGCUUCAGGUGGCUAAUUUGAAUGCCACUACUUUGUCAUAUACUUUAAAAGAUAGUAUCCUCAAAGAGAUCCAGAGAGAUUGGCCUGGUUUUAAUGAGGAAGAAAAGCGGUCAUUGGAUUUGGUGCUUUCCAGAAAACUACGUCCAUGUCACAAUGCUACCAAGGCCACCCAAUGCAAAGAAAUACCUGUAGUUUGUAAAACAGAUAAUGCAUCAUGCUCAAAGGAUCAUUUCCUCCAUCUAGCUGGUACUGACACUUUAAUUAAAAAGAAAGGACUCUGUCCCCCUAAAUCUGAUGUGCAGUUAACAUCAGGUAACAAUGCAAGCGGUAACACUGAGAAAUCUUUAAUUCUACCAUGUUCUGCAACUUCUACCAAAUAUAUUUCUUCACCAUUGUCUACCUCCUACCUGCCAAUUUCAAAUUCACCACUGCUCAUGAAAUCCCAUCAUAAUGUUUGUGGAGGUCCAGAAAGAUCUGGAACUGAACAUCCGCGUGACCAUAUCUACCAUGAUGGUGGCAUGUUUGAAAGAGAUAUGAGUAAAUAUGCUUCAUUGGAAACACCAUCCUGUGCUUUAGUUCAAAAAAAGAAUUCAGAUCCAAUAGAAAUGCAGCAUUUCAUGCCUGAGAAGUUUAAGUGUACAUUGGAAAAGCGAAAAGCAACCAUCCCAAAUUUCACUACUAGCAUGAUGGAGAAACAAAAGAUAGAUUUUAAAAAACAAGAUGAAAUUAUGAAGUCAAAUUCGAACGAAGAAGAUAAAACAGUUUUUGCUGACUCUGGGAAAACUUGUUCUACAUCUGGGACUCCAGAUUAUUUGGCUAACUAUCCUGAUAUAGUUUCCUCUGACCAACGUCAGAGUUAUGUGAGGGAAUUCCGAGCAUAUUAUAGUGAGUAUAAGGCCAUGUAUGAGAAGAUACGGAUUUCAUGUACACCAAUUGUUGACCUAGAUUCAGAAAGAAAGAAUUUUUCCCCAGGAUCAAAAGAAUAUGAAGAUAUUACUAAAAAAAUCUCAGUAGAAUAUCAGAAAAUGCGGCAGCUUAAUCCUCAAUUUUAUGAAGAAAAAAAAAGAUGUGUGUUUCUUUACAACAAGCUGGUUCACAUUAAAAAAUUAAUAAAUGAUUUUGAUCAGCAAGAAGUAAAGUCAACUCAGUAA